CAGCGUGAGCAUGGCGCUCCUUCAGCCGGGGAGAGCCUUUCUCCGGGGGAUGCGCGUUGUCGCGCGAAGCGCCCGUCUCCUCCGUCUCCAUGGUAACGAGAACGAUGCGUGGAGCGUACCUUAACAGCAAAACCUCACUUGCCUUUACUCUGAAGCAAGUCCUGUUGACUUCAGUGGGACUUACUCCCGAGUCGUUCCACUACAUUGAAAUGCCAGUGCUUUAGUUCAGAAAGUAAAGCAGAGGAAAACAGUCCAGUGACUCCAAUGCUGAAGCAUCUAAUGAUGAAAAUAAAGUCAACUGGUCCCAUUACAGUUGCUGAAUAUAUGCGGGAAGUUUUGACUAAUCCUGUGAAGGGAUACUAUAUGCAUCAUGACAUGCUAGGUGAAAAAGGAGAUUUUGUUACUUCACCUGAAAUAAGUCAGAUCUUUGGGGAGUUAAUAGGUGUUUGGUUUGUUAGUGAAUGGAUGGCUGCUGGCAAGCCAAAAAAAAUUCAACUGGUGGAACUGGGCCCAGGAAGAGGUAGUCUUACUAAUGAUAUUUUGCGGGUUUUUAAUCAGCUGAGUUCUGUACUUAGUAAAUGUGAUAUUUCUGUUCAUUUGGUGGAAAUCAGUCCAAAAUUAAGUGAGAUUCAAGCAUCAGUACUCACAGAAGGAAAGACAGAAUUAACAGAGAGUCCCACUACCUACAUGCAAGGGGUUACUAAGACCAGGCUGCCAAUUUUCUGGUACCAAGACCUGAAUGAUGUGCCAGAAGGCUUCAGUUUUUAUUUAGCACAUGAAUUUUUUGACGCUCUUCCUAUACACAAAUUUCAGAAAACAGAAAAGGGGUGGCGUGAGUUGUUGGUUGACAUUGAUCCAGACACUCCUGACAAGCUGCGAUUUGUCCUUGCGCCAUCUGCUACUCCUGCUGCAAAAGCCUUCAUACAUAACAAAGAAUCCAGAGAUCAUGUGGAAGUGUGUCCUGAUGCUGGUAUCAUCAUCCAGAAGCUGGCCCAUAAUAUUGAAAAGAAUGGGGGCAACGCACUGAUUGUAGAUUAUGGCCACAAUGGCACCAAAACAGAUACAUUCAGGGGAUUCCGUGGACAUGAACUUCACAAUGUCUUAAUAUCUCCAGGAACAGCGGACCUCACAGCAGAUGUUGACUUCAGUUACCUGCGAAAAAUAGCACAGGAAAGAGUAGCAACCUUGGGUCCCAUAAAACAACAUGAUUUUUUGAAAAAUAUGGGCAUUGAUAUCCGACUACAGGUACUAUUGAAAAGUGUCAAUGAUGCAGCCAUUCAGACUCAGCUGCUUCGAAGUUAUGAAAUGCUAAUGGACCUGGAUAAAAUGGGAGGACGUUUCCACUUUUUUGCCAUGUUACCUCACUCCAGAUUUACAGCUUCAGAUCAGCAAAAGAAGUCAAAAGACUCAACAUCACAUUCAGCAUUUGUUGCUGGCUUUGGUGAACUCUCAUGGAAGUGAACCCCAAAUAUCAAUGCUUUAAGAGAACGAUGCAGGCUUCCCAUUGCGAAUCAUGGAAAUAGGGGUAUGUAGAUAGGUCUUAUAACAAUCACGUUGCCUUUCUGUAACAAUGCCUGCACACAGGGAUUUUGAUACAGUUACCAAAGUUAGAGGAAGUACAGAGGAUACAGUAGUGGGGGAAAGACGCAUGAUAGGGAAAUAAAAUUUAUUUUCAAGCUUAGAGGAUAUUUACAAACAACGGGACAUAUAAAAAUAUAAAAAGUACUUGACAGUGUCUUUUUGAGGCUACAAGUUUUACAUGAAUAUCUUCUAGCAUCAAUACAGAACUAUUUCUUCAAUGAAUGCAACUUAACUGAAAAACAAAGAUUAAUGAUAAUGCAACACUGGGUACAAAUUCAUCUGGAGCAACAGAUUUAAUGCCAACCUUCAGUGACUUAAAGCUUUGAUUUAAUAAUAUUUGUAGGCAUUCAUAGGAAAGUUAGAGUGCAAGCUAUGCAGUUUAUUUAUGGUUUGUGAAAUGUGUGUAACAGCUGUUAUAGUGUAGAAACAUUCCAGUUAUUUCUCAUCUUUAACAGGGCUUUUAUUCCUACCCUACUGGUCCAAAAUUUUGCUAUCCUGAAACCUGAAAUUAAAUCAAGAGGCAUACCUGACACUGUACAUGUUUGACUUGCUUUGCUGCUGUUUAAAUAUUGUUCUCUGAUGCUACAACCGAUCUUAAGGCUGCAAUUCUAUAUACACCUACCUGGAAGCAAACCCCACUGAACUCAAGGGGACUUAUUUCUGAGUAGACAUCUAUAGGAUAACAACUGAGUCAAUCCGAAAUAAUAUUGAUCCUAUUCUGUUGUUGCAUAAGUUUACAAAGAAACAAUAAGACAAAACAGUGAAACAACUAUGAACACUUCCAAUAGAUUAAUAAUUAUGCCACAACAAAAUGUGCUUUGCUAGAACAGCUACUUUCAGUGUUCAAUACCAUGCUAUAAAUACAGAAUAGUUCCAGCUCUAUAUUCAAAAAAUUGAAUAGUAGCUUCCAAUAAUUUUACAACAUGAUUGGAUCAUUUAUGAUAGGGGCUUCCAAUCACUUCACUUAUCCAUGACAUUUUGACUGCCUUUGAGACUUAGUCAUUCUCAUCUCUGCUGUGGAUUCUCCCCACUGAGAGCACUGCUUCCCACGCCUACAGUAGAAAAGGUUAAGAAACUGAUGACAAUAAAAUUACAAUGACCUUUUCUAUAGGUGAGAAACAUUUUCUAGAAUAUUUUCUAGAUUUACUUUGAAUACGUUUGUAGCUUAACUACAAGGUUAAUCUGCUAAAAAUUCCUGGCUCAUUAUUUUGGACUCUGUGGUUUGGAGAAGGCUUCAUCCACAUUAAACUUUGUCUCUUGCAUUUCCAAACAGCUGCAUUAUUUCAGAGGGUCUUCCCCACUUGUAGAAUUUUAUUCACUGGAACAAUUUCCAAUUCAAGAUUGUAGAAAUGCAUGUUCUUUGAAUCCACAUGUUACUUGCAAUCCACUGACCCAAUUUACAUGUUACUGCUUUGGCAAAGUUCCUGCCAUCAAACAGAUUCUUGGUUGUCUACUCACUUUGAUAAUAAAAGCAUCAGUCAUGUAGGUAACUCUACCUACAUAAUCAGUACUUUUAUACAUUAA